AUGCCUUUCGUUGGUUUGGAGAUCAAAUGUCAAUUGGCUGGAAUUACAGAUUUGAGACCGAAUGAUCCGAACGGUUUCAGAUUUCAUCUGAAAUUGAAAUGCACAAAUUGUGGAGAGCAACCUGACACGUGGCAAUAUGUCGUGCAAAAUGUGGGUUUUUUUUCUGAAAAUAUUGAGAUGAUCAAAAAUUACCAAAAAUAUUGAAAAUGUGAGAUUUUCGAAACAGCAAAUUUUUUUCUCAUAAAUAAUUUUUACUGUUUCAGAAUUUUCAUAUAGUUUUUCUUAAUUUGUUAUAAUUGUUUUAGCGGAAUUGAGAUUUUUAAAACAGAAAUGUUUUCCACAAAUGAUUCAAAUAAAUUUUCACUGUUUCAGAAUUUCUAUGAAUUAGUUUGUGGUGUUUGGAAAUUCAAUUAUUCCUUUCAAUAAUUUAUUACCUAAACUCUCUGUUUCAAAAAUUUCGCAGACAUAGAAAUUUUGCUUGAAAUUUUAUCUCAAUCAAAAAAUUAUUUCUUGAUAAACUUUAACUGUUUCAAAUUCCUCAUGAUAAUAUUUUCAAAACUCCACACUUUGAUAAGUACUCGAAAUAUUUUGCAAUAUCUCCAGGAACUGCAAGAAAUCCCCGGAAGUCGCGGCGAAGCAAACAUCGUCGAAAAAUGUAAACUAUGUGGAAGAUCAAACACUUUGACAAUUUUGCCGGAAACUUUCAAAACCUACAAAUUGGAAAAUAAUGAGAAAUGGCAAUUUUUGGUCGUUUUUGAUUGUCGAGGAAUUGAACCAGUCGAUUUUGAUCCAAGAGUGAGUUUGAAUUGAGAGAAAAUUCAAGAUUUCAAUUUUAAAAAUUGAUUUUCAGAAUGACUGGCUUGCCACUGGUUCAGAAUCUGGAACUGCAUUUGAAGACAUUGAUUUGACCGAAAAAUCAUGGGCGGAUUAUGAUGAAAAAGCUGGAGAAUCUGUUGAAAUUCAGGAUUUUGAAUGUCGAUUUACUCAUGUUAAAGAUUUGAAAAAGUUGAAAUGA